GUUAAAUAUAUUAUUCAACGUGAGAAUGAAGAAAAAGAAGAGAUUUUUGAUUUCGUGAUGGUUUGCUCAGGCCAUCAUCACAAAGCUAGAUGGCCCGAAUAUAAAGGAAUGGAUUUAUUUAAAGGUAAACAAAUACAUGCCCACCAGUAUAAACGAGCUGUAAACUUUGAAAACAAACGAGUUUUGGUUGUUGGUUGCGGAAAUAGUGCCUUGGACAUUGCGGUUGAAUUAACUCAUGCCGCAUCACAAGUCUAUUUAAGCAUUCGUAGAGGAAAACUUCCAUGGAUAAUACCACGCUUCGUAAAUGGUAAAGUUCGUGACCAUACAUCUCGUUUCUCAGCAUAUAUGAUUCCAUCAUCUAUUAGAGGAAAAAUGAUGGAAAAUAAAGUUAUUAAAUCUUUUCCAUACCCUCCUCACCUAAAGCCCACUGAUCCUUUAAUUAAAACAUUUCCUGCAAUAAAUUUUGAAAUCUUUCAGUGCCUUGCAGCUGGUACAGUUAUUGUGAAACCGAACAUUAAAGAAUUUAAAACAGAAAAUAAACAAAUUGAAUUCGUUGAUGGGACAGUCUUGGAGGAUAUUGAUGUUGUUAUUUAUUCCACAGGAUAUUAUAUUAAUUAUCCAUUUUUAGAAGAGCAUAUUUUUACUGGUGGGGAUGAAAUUGUGCAAGAAUAUGGAAAAGAUUUACAUGAUUUAGUUUGGUUGUAUAAAAUGAUAUUUCCUCCUAAAUAUCAAAAUAUUGCAUUUCUUGGACUUGUAUUAGGAGCUGGUGCUAUCUUGCCAGUUAGUGAAAUGCAAGCACGUUAUGUAACCAGUCAUAUUAAAGGAUUGAUCAAACCACUCCCAUCUCAAUUCGAAAUGGAGAAAUCUAUACGUAACUAUUAUGAAAAAAUUCGUAAAAAUUAUUGUGAAGCCGCUCGUAGUGUUAUUCGUCUAAGCUAUAUAUCCUAUAUGGAUACUUUAAGCAGAGACAUUGGAUGUUAUCCUUAUUCUUACGAAAUAAUCAAAAAGUUUGGUUUUGGAUUUUGGAAAUUAAUUAUGUUUGGCAUGGUUACUCCAAUUCAAUAUCGACUAAUAGGAAGGAAUUCUUGGGAUGGUGCAAGAGAAGCUAUUAUACUUUAUAACAAUGAUAAAUUUAAAACAAUUACCAAAGAAAGGAUCUAUAAAUCCUUGAC